AUGAUGAUGAGAGCACCGCCUGCAGGAGCUCGAGUAGAGAUGAUUUCAAUUCUUCCUCCAACCUCCGUUCGCAAUAAAGCGCCCUCAAUUAAGUUGCUUAGAGCUUGCCGUAAAGCAGACUCUUCCACAGCAACCUUCAAAGACAUUGAAAGAUUGCACAGUUCCACAAUCCGUCUUUGCUUGCAUGCAAGAGGUUUAAUGGCCCCAACUAAAUCUUGCAGCAAUUCAGAAACUUCACAAGGUCUUCUGCAGAAUGAUGGUGCAAGAGCAAGAGGUGGCAUGGGAAAUUCUGAAUCAUUAUUGGAUCUUGAACUGAGAGACAAUUGGUUGCCAGAAGCAGAAAGAACACCUUUGUCAGGUAGACAGCAUCCUGUAGCUGCUGAAGAGUAUCUCUCAUGUGCUCACCUUGCACUUCAAUGUCUUGAGCAAUAUCAUACGAAACCUGAAAGAAGAUUCAUGGUCAUGAUGUCAUUAGCAAUCAGAAAUGUAUUCAACAAAGUGUCCAAGGUUCAAAUUGCAAAGCUCUUAGUUAGCCUUCGAGCAUUUGUCUUUCCUAGACCGACGUGUUUAUCUAGGGUCAAUGCCCAUGACCGAUGCUGGGAGCAACAGGACGAAUGGUGGGCCCAAUAUGAUACCAGGAUGGCCAGGACGACACCCGUUGGAAUACAUGGGAGUCCGAUUAGAAUCAACAAGAAGCACGUUGAGACCAGAAUAAUUAACAAUUGA